GGGAUACCAUUAACUUACUUCUAAAAGAAAACCAUGAUCACUUAAACUACAUGACUGUAAAGCAGAGAAUGUUUGACUCAGGGACCGUGGCACGUAAUUCGUUGGGUGAUGUGCUGGCUGCCAUAACAUCCAAGGGGAAUGGACUAUUGUUGGCGGAGGAGAGUGAAGCAUGUAGCCUGCAGAAAGCUUUACAAUGGGCAACAGACCUUAUGUUUGACAAUAUUGUGGUGGAAGUUGACUGUGCAAGCAUGGUCACGGCAAUUAACAGUGGCACUCAUUCCUUGAACUCUAAUCUUGGCACUAACCUCUUGGACAGUCAUAACCUUAUGGCUUCUUUUACCACCUGUCGAUUGCAACAUGUUCAUCGCAGGGGGAACUCAGUAGCACAUGAACUUGCUAGGAGGGCGCUCCAACCUGAAGAUAAUUAGAUUUGGGUAGGUGUCACUCCUGAAUUUACUGCACACCAUGUAACAAGGGACAAACUAAACUGAAUUGUUUGUAACAUCCUUGUUUGUUUUAAUGAAUGAGUGGUGCUAUU